AUGCUUUCCGUUUUCCAGGCAUCUGCUAAAGAAGGAAACCCCGAAAAACCGGGUCAAGAUGCGCCUCCUAUUCACCACAUUCGAAUUACUCUAACUUCUCGCAAUGUCAGGUCUCUGGAAAAAGUUUGCUCGGACUUAAUUGAUGCAGCGAAGAAACAGAAGCUUCGUGUCAAGGGUCCAGUUCGAAUGCCUACCAAGAUUUUGCGUAUCACAACCCGUAAAACACCUUGCGGAGAAGGGUCCAAGUCGUGGGAUAGAUUCCAAAUGAGAAUUCACAAGAGGGUUAUUGACUUACAUUCUCCGUCUGAAAUUGUGAAGCAAAUUACUUCUAUUAAUAUCGAGCCUGGUGUUGAAGUGGAAGUAACCAUUGCAGAUGCCUAA